AGAGAGCGCGCGAGCGAGCACCCCAGCUUGGUCACUUGCUGAUUGUUUGAUUGCCAUGUUCUCAUCUAUAAAACGAUAGAGGACAAGAGAACAUCUGAAGUUCUUUCCAAUUCCAGUUCUGUGAUUCUGUGGCUCUUAAAAUGAAUCAAAGAGAUAAGUGUUGAAGAAGUGAGGGACUCUUCAAUGGCUCUGAGGAUCAUUAGGCUUUCACUCAUGAGUAAAGGCAUGGAGACUGGAGAAUGUAGCACAAGAAGUGGAGAAGGUGAGCAAUCAUUCAGCAGAUUUCCUUAGUAGAGAGUAUGACGGGUAACAGUGUGAUAUAUAAACCUGGAAAAAGGUCACUAGCACAUAAAUUGAGGAGGGUCUUGAAUGACAGUGCUUGGAAUUUAUAUUUUAUUUGGUCAUCAAAAGAGGACCACUGAAGGUAUUAUAUUCCUGUUGGAAUAAAGGAGGGGAAUAUCCUAUGAAAAGUGGAUUGGGAGCACCUGUAGUCUUCCCCUGCUUCCUCUUCCCCCCAAUCCUUUGAAGUUUUAGGGAGACAAAAAGGGAUACUGAGCUUACUAUCUGGGAUUAUCAAUGACUGAUUGGCAUUUCUCAGUGUCAACCUGAGUCACAGGGAAGCCUGUUCCCCUUCCUCAUAGCCCAGAAAAGAGACAGGAGAUUAAAAAUAAAGAAGAUAAAGGUUUAGAUGUCUUAGGUAUGAAGAGGGAACCAAAGAAAGCUCAUUACAAUGUUCCCUUUUGGGAAGUCCCUCUUCUUUCAGCUCUUCCCCUUCUAAGACAUCCCUCUUCUUCCCUUUCUUCCUCUUCUGGGGAGUCCCUCCUAGCUCAUUAAAGCCCUGUUAUUAUUUUCACCUUGGUACCUCUCAUCAACAAUGAUUUUCACUCUAAGAGGUUCCACUUCUCCUUGCACUUGACCUUCUCUUUUCUCCAGAAACCCCUGAGCUUGGAGACCUUUUAAACUCUGGAGAAGGCACUGGGCUUUGGGAAACCCUGAUGACUUCCCAAUUGUCCUGUCCAGCGGGACUCAGUUAUUCGGGGGAUCGAGGGGGACCCAGCCUGAAAGAGAAACGGGCGAGAAAGAGGAGGGAGACCGAGCAAAUUUUGUCACGGCUCAACUUUAUUCAUGCAAAGGGUCUUGUUUUUAUGCUAUACUGCUACGUGAGACCAUUAUCUCUGUGUCAAAGUUCACAUGGUCCUUGUAGUUAAUGUUCUUCCUAGGACCCCUCGGGUCAUUGUGCUCUGUGGUUAAUGUUCUUCCUGGGACCCCUCGAAUCAUUGUGCUCUAAAAGCAUUCUUCUUCAAACAGGUGUGUUUAACUAAGAGUGCAGUUGCCUUUGGGGAGGGGAGAAGGCCACCUGAACAAAGAUUGUUAAAGGAGGGGGUGUUGGUUCCUGACACCCAAUGAAUAUCCAGAGUAGAGAGUCAAUAUGGUAUAACAGAAAGGUCAUGACAUCUGGACAUAGAAGCUUUGGGCAGUAAUCCUAGAUCUGGCAUUUUCUGUCUCUAUGAUCUUGGGCAAGUAAUUUCCAUUCCCUCAGCCUCAAUAUCUUAUUUUUGUAAAUUGAGAAGAUUGGAUUCAGUGGAUUCUGAAAUAUCUUCCAGCUGGAAAUCUAUGAUCUUAAGAUUCUUUGAGUUCCCAUUCAAAUAAUAUCUUCCUUGUGAAGCCUUCCUUGAUUCCUACAGCUAGAAGCAAUCUCAUCCUCAUCUGAUAGGUCUCAACCAGCUCUGAUAAUCUAUGAUUCUAAAUAUAGUGUUCUCGUAUGUGUAUGUGUGUGUGUGUUGUGUUGUCUUCUGCUGCCUCUGAUUCCACUCCAAGCACAGUACUAGGCACAUAGGACAAGUUCAGCAUUCACAAACUAGUUCAGAAUCUAUCUUUAGGUAGUAAAAAGCUUAAGCCUCCUGAGGUUAGGUAGAGCUUAUAUGGUCUUUAGAGCAAUUAAAAUGCCUAAUGAGACUAUAAUAAUAAUAGUUGCCAUUUCUUUGUACUUUUUCAACUGUUGCCCUCAGCAGAAAUUAAACCUAUUGAAAACCCUUGUUAAAAUGCACAUCCUCUUGGAAGGAACCAGAAAGCUGAAAAUCUUAACUCCUUAAGGGCAGGAACCAUUUCAUUUCCUCCCUCUAUAAUUCCAACCCUUCGCACCUUGUCUGGUUAGGGGAAGUUGUCUAAUUAGUGUUUAUUGAUUGAUUAAUUGAGUUUGAUGUUGUUGAUCCUGCAUUCUCAAAGUGGACUAAUGAGAUGGAGGGUAAUGUUUUGACUUUCAAGUGAAUUGGAUUUAAGUAAGGCAAAGCUGUAUAGAUCAUAUACACCUGUGACUGAGUAGUUUAAAAGGUUUCCACAGAAUUCAAUGAAUAAGAUUCUAGGGGUUGGAGCCUGGGGAAAUGAAAGAGUGGCCCUUGGGGAGCCAGAAAAUAGGAAAUGGAAGAAUACAAAGGCUUUCCUUUGGGGUCAGCAUGUGCGCUGGUCAACCUGGCUGGAUCAUCACCUUCCUCCUGAUACUCAACUGCACAUCUGGCUACCAGGACCUCACCUGCCACACAGACUAUAUCAAGAACCUGACAUGUAUCCUACAAGUGGAUCCUGGCCAUGAAGAGAGCUCCCCUGACCUCACCAUUAAGUGGAAUGAUGUCUACGAGGAACUGGAAGAAUUCACUAAUUCUUGUAGCUUCACCCGAUCUACUUAUAACCACACCCAUAUGCAGUAUACAUGCCAAAUGGAUAUGUAUAAACUGAUGUCAGAUGAUGAAUUCAAUGUCACCAUUACAGACAAGCUAAGCAACAGCUCCAGGGAGGGCAGACAAUUCAUCCUGUCUCAGAGCAUUAAGCCAGCUCCCCCUUUCAAUGUGACAGUGACCUAUUUUGGAGACUACAACAUUUCCUGGAAAACUCCCUAUGAAGAUGCUUUAUACUAUGCGUUACAGGACAAGCUACAGUAUCAGCUACGCUAUAAAAAAAAACAAGAUUCCUGGAUGACUCAGAUAACCAAGUCAAUCUCUCAAGAUGCAAAGUCAGCAUUACUCUUGUCUACUGAAUUCCAGAAGGGCUCAGAAUAUGAAAUACAAGUUCGAGCGCAGCCAUCCUUUCUCUACAGUGGGAUCUGGAGUGAGUGGAGUGCUUCCACUUCCUUCAGGACCCAGUCAGUGGAAGAAGAGACAACAGAAUGGUCCUCUUGGAUAGUUCCCAUCUCACUCCUUGUGGCUAUAUUUGCUUUUCUGGCUGGAUGGAAACUGAAACAGAGGCUGUGGAAGAAGAUGUGGGUGCUGGUACCCAACCCCGGGCCCUUCUUUCAGCCCCUGUAUUCAGCCCAUGAGGGUGACUUUAAGAGCUGGGUGGGAACAUCUUACACCCUGAAUUUAUUUGACUGGGGACUGGUGCAUCCCGAGGUACUGGAGAUAUAUGGCAGCUGCCUCCCCAAAGGGAUCGAGCUGAUGGAUGCUAGCAUGCAACCUAAGAUAGGCUACCAUGGAAUCUGCUCACCUGGUCCCUCUAAGACAGAAAUUGGGUCCUUUGCCUUAGGAUCUGGUGAGGGGAAGGACGAAUCCUAUGGCCACGUGUCACUCGACACAGUGAUGGUGGUUGAUGACAAGGGGUCCGGUCAGCUUCAAUUAGUUCAGGAUAGAGGCCGCCACUGUGAUGGAGAUGACAACUACUCCAAGAUAAAUUUUGAUGGUGACCAACCUGACGGACAGGGCUCUAGUGACCUGCUCUUGGGGAAAGAAAACAGAAUCAUCUCCUCUGGCCAUGUCUCCAUGGAGAACUCUGGGAGGAUUCCAGUCUGGCCAGAAGCCCCGAUUGGCAGUAUUUUGGAAGCCCUUUGCCUGCAAUCUCCAGAGGACUGGGAUCCAGGAAGCCCUAUUUCCCUGCCCUCAGGCGAGGGUGCUCCCUUCAGGCAGGGACCUUAUGCACAUUUCUCCUGCAGCUCAGAGAAAGAAGCGUUUGGUCACCCACUGGUCAGCUUGGAUAUGGACACCUUCGACAGCGGCUUUGCUGGUUCUGACUGUGGCAGUCCCUUAGAAAGUGACUUCAUGGGGGGUAGUCCAGUGGAAAGGGACGGCACCCCAGCUCUAGACACCAGUCAUGUUGAGGAUGAUACCCCAAGAAGUUAUGUUAAACAGUGGGUGAUUUCCCCCUCAGUCUCCCCAGAGCCUGGAUCACAUACAAGUUAGCAAGUGAAACAGGUCCUCAAACUGAGGUGGGGUCACUGAGGACUCGGGUAUAAACCUGUUGUCAAACAACUAUUCAUGCCGCUUUCACUCAGGGAAAAAAAACAAAAAAACAACAACAAAAAAAAAAAACUGGGGCACAUAUUCAUCAAAACAGCCAUCAAGAAAAAGAACAUGGCGAUGCAGAUUAGAAUAGACUCAAUCCUUUUUUAUUAUUUGAAGUCAUUUACAGAUGGCCCAGGAGGCAGCAGGGCACAACAGGUGACUACUUUGAAGCCACAAAGACUUGGGUUCCAGUCUCAUCUCUGAUACAUUCUGAGUAUGUGACAUUGGGCAAGUUAUUUAACCUAUGAGUGCUAAAAGAGGGGUGGGGAACAUCUGGCCAAGGGCUAUGUAAGUCUAAUGAAAUCAAAACCAAGGACUCCCACUGCUUGAGUUCUGCAAGUUGAUAAUUUUGUACGGCCCUCCCUCGAAGGAUGUCACAAAUAUCCAAAUGGCCUUUGGCAGAAAAAAAAGUUCUCCAACAAUAAAGUACCAACUCAUAUUGGCAAAGGGAGUAUACUCACCUAUUCCAAUGAAAUCACAGAUUCACCUGUGAUUCAAUCCCCAUCCUUAUAACUAGAAACAUUUUGUGUAUGUGUGUAUGUAUGCUCUUGGUUCACGUUCAUUUGGUUUGAUGAUGCUUAUUAGCCAUUGUUGAAAAAUACAAUUAGAGCAGUUUCUCCAGGAGUGGACUUGUGUCCUCUCCUUCAAUCUUCUCUUACGCCCUCUAUCUAAUAUCGGAGGUGUUAGAAAAGUGUUUGUAGUAUGGGAGAGGGAAGCCGGUGGCUAAAGAAACAGAGACUAUGCAAAAUGAGCUGCAGACACUUUGUGACAAAUAGAGGGACCAAGACCGACUUCUGCUCACAUGGAGCUUACAACCUGAGCUUAAGAUACAGCCUUGCACAGGUGAGCAAAAAACAAACAGACAAAAAACCCAGUAAUAACUAGAAUUACACUGUGGGGCUGCCAUAGAACUGGAAAGUCGCUGAUGAAAGAGAGUGGAUUUAAUGAAAAUAAAAGUCUUCACAUUUUGAUCCUUUUUAAAAAACCUCAUUCCAAAGUGUGUCCUCCGUCCAUGUUGAUGAGAAUAAAGCUAGUGAGCAAGCUAAUUGUACAAUA